AUGCAGGUGAAGCAAAUCGAGGCGACCACAGAGCGCACCAGCGCAGCGUUCGUCAUCCUGACACGUAACAAGGAUCUGAAGGACCUGCGUGAGACUUUGGUUCAGCUCGAGGACCGGUUCAACCGCAAGUACCACUACCCGUACGUAUUCCUGAACAACGAGCCGUUCAGCGAUGAGUUCAAGGAGAAGAUCAGCAAGGUUGUCACUGGUGUGGCCGAGUUUGGGCUGAUCCCGAAGGAGCACUGGUCGUAUCCCGAGUGGAUCAACCAGACGAAGGCUGCUGAGGUGCGCAAGGACAUGGCCGAGCGCAAGGUCAUCUAUGGCGGCCAUGAGAGCUACCGCCACAUGUGCCGGUACGAGUCUGGGUUCUUCUUCCGCCACCCGCUGAUGGACAAGUACAAGUGGUACUGGCGUGUGGAGCCCGGGGUCAAGUUUGGAUGCGAGAUCGAUUACGAUCCGUUCCUGUUCAUGGAGAAGAACAACAAAAAGUACGGCUUUACGAUUUCGAUCAAGGAGGUUGUCGAAACGAUCCCGACGCUGUGGAAGACCACCAUGGACUACAUGAACAAGCGCAAGGAUCUGAUCCCAGAGUCCAAUCUAAUGGAGUUUGUUACCGAUGAGGACGGCGGCUACAACCGCUGCCACUUCUGGUCCAACUUUGAGAUUGCCAGUCUCGAAUUUUUGCGGUCCAAAGAGUACCUGUCGUACUUUGACUACCUGGACAAGGAGGGCGGGUUCUUCUACGAGCGCUGGGGCGAUGCGCCAGUGCAUUCGCUCGCGGUGGCGAUGUUCCUGAACAAGAACCAGGUGCAUUGGUUCGAGGACAUUGGGUACUACCACGGUCCGCUGUGGAACUGUCCCAAGGGCAAGGCCAACGACAAGUGCUGGUGUCCCGAGGAGGAGUCGAUUGAGACCAAGAGCCCGCACUGGUCGUGCACGCUGAAGUUCAAGGAUCUCCCUGACCCCAAGUAG